AUGUCAGAUAGCGAAGAUAACCUAGAUGAAGAUGAUCACCAUGAAGAUGAUCACCAUGAAGAAUUAAUUAAACGUGAUAAGGGUUCUCGCGAAGAAUCUAGGAAGAGUGGAAAGAUCAAAUCGAAUCAUAGACCUAAACCAAAUCCAUUCUAUAAAGUUCUAAAAGAAAGAGAACAUUUUCAACAUAAAAAACAGGCUAAAAUUGAAGCUAUUAAACAAGAAAAAGAAAUACGAAUUCAGAAACAAAAGGCUUAUCUUACUCAACGAAAAAUAACAAAGAAAAAAUUUUUGAAAC